AUGUCAGGAGCAGGCCUUCAGGCAUGGCUGUAUCCAGGAAGAGUUCGUUUCAGACCUUUGGGAAGGAUGUGUGCAUCACGGGUGUACCCUGGCCUCCGCACUGUUCUCCAGGAGUGCGUGUGCUGCCAAUGCUAUGCCAAGUUUGGGGGCCACCUGCCUGUGCCCCGGGCUGAUGCACUGCUGCCCUACUGGGUGCCUCUGUCCCUGAGACCACGAAAGCAGGUCUCGAAGAUGAUGCGGUGUUAUGUCCCCAGAGCCAUGAGGUCGUGCCGGUGUUCCUGCCACUGCUUUGGGGGCCGCCUUCCAAUGCCCAGGGACAGGGCCGUCAUGCCCUACUGGGUGCCCCAGGGGCUGAGGUCACAGAAGAAGGUAGCGAAGAGGCUGGAGAAUGUGAAAGACACUCCAGAUUGCCCCCAGGACUCAAGCAGAUGGUAUGGCUGUUGGCGGGUCUGCGGGGACCAGCACCUGCUCCUCAAGUGGCAGCGGCUCCAGGCCCUUUAUCAAGAGGAGCUGCCUGCUCUUCAGGUGGAUGAGCCGCACGCUGGCCGCUUAGGUCUCCUCCUACCCGUUAGCUUCAAUCUCCUGACCCUGCUGCAGGCGGUCCUGAGGGCCAUCAUGGCCAUUCGUCAUUUGUUCUGGGACUGAAUUGAAGUCUUCAGCUACUGUCAAGAUCCCCCGCAAGAACGUCAGUCCAAAUCAUGCUCCUCAAGGGAAG